ACAGUUUGUUCGGACUUCAGCAGAAAGAAUCAAAGAAACCACGGAGGUCGACUUUGCAUCGCGAAUUGGUUACUCAGUUGCAGUAGAUGAACAAAUUUGAUAGGCGAUCGAAGCGAUGGGUGUUUAUAAAAUCGCAAAAAAAACGCUCCAGUAAAUUACAAUGGAGCAGUCAAUCAGCCGCGGGGCAGAUACGGGCCGAGCCGAGCCGAUGCCCAUUCGUGCUUGUCAAGGUCCAACCCCGUGUGCCCACCGCGCGCAUCGCUCGGCUCGGCUCGGCUCGCGUCGCGUCCUCGUGUGGACCAGAAACGAAGCGAAAUCCUACUCGGCGCACGGAGUCCGCAAGCUUGGUCGCCUCGUUGCCUUCCAUCCGGCAUCAUCCUCGUCGACGCGCAGCUCCCGCUCCCAUGGCCACCGCCGUGCCCGCCGCCUCCCUCCAGUUCUCUCGCCGCGCCUCCUCCCCUGCCGCCGCAGCUCGCCGUCCCAGGGCCCCGUCGCUUCGCAAGCGGCAUUGCGCCGUCAGGCCCUUGGGCGCCGCCUGCAGCCCGCCGCGGCAGCACAACAACGAAGAGGAAGGCUCCAGGCGGCGACAGGUGCUUGUGGCGGGGGCCGCCGCGGCCGCGGCGUUUCUGUCUCGGCCUAAUCCGGCAGCAUUCGCAGCAGAGGCUAAGAAAGGGUUCCUGCCUGUCACCGACAAGAAGGUUGGCUACUCCUUCCUCUACCCAUUCGGAUGGCAGGAAGUGGCCGUGCAAGGGCAAGAUAAGGUGUACAAAGAUGUAAUAGAGCCUCUGGAGAGUGUGAGCAUCAACACUAUUUCCACCAGCAAGCAGGAUAUCCGUGAGCUUGGUCCCCCGGAUAAGGUUGCCGAGGCUUUGAUAAAAAAAGUUUUAGCUCCGCCAUCUCAAAAGACAAAGUUAAUUGAGGCAAAAGAGAAUGAGGUUGACGGGAGAGCUUACUACAUUUUUGAGUUCACAGCUCAGGCUCCAAAUUACACCAGACAUGCACUUGGUGCAAUUGCCAUUGCUAAUGGCAAAUUUUACACAUUGACUACUGGAGCAAACGAGAGGAGAUGGGAGAAAAUGAAGGAUAGGCUGCAUACAGUUGUUGAUUCCUUCAGAAUUGAAAACAGAAUAUGAGGGAUAUCUGAGUUGUUGUGCUGAUUUUCUUUGUUGAUUCGUUUGGAGCUGCAAAGAGGUUUAAUAGUAAAUGUCGGGAAUAUGAAUUAUACUGAUCUGUUUUCUUUUGAAACGUUUGUUUCGAGUGUGUGUGUAUAUAUAUAUUACUGUGCUCCUUGGAGUAAGGAGGUCUAGACCUCUGAGGUGUAAAUUUGUCACCAAAUAGGCAAUAGAAAGUCUUCUUCUGUGGGAGAUUCGUAUC